AGGAAGAAGGAAAUAAAACCUGAAAUGUAGAGACUGAAAAAGUUCAGAGCGCUUCAGCUUCAGUCUUCACUGUUCCUGCAGGAUUCGCUGUAGACUGUUAAUCCAUCAUCAAUGGAAAUGCUGAUUCAGUUACUGCUUUUCUCAGGAUUCUGGACGUUCAUACAGAGCAACUCAAAUAAAUUUGUUCUCAUCCAGGAGAAUAAGACCUGGGCUGAUGCACAAGCUUACUGCAAAAAGUAUCACAUUGACUUGGCCACAAUGGGAAGCAGUGAUGUCCAGACAAGUGUACGAGAAGCGGUUAGCACUGUGCUGCCUCCAUUGGCCUGGACUGGACUGUACAGAUUAAAUAACACUUGGUGGUGGAAAUAUCAGUAUAAGCCACUGACAUUCUCAUUCUGGAAGCCUGGACAGCCAGACAACUCAGAUGCAAAAGAGGAAUGUGGUGUUAUCAGUGCCAGUGGAUGGGAUGAUACAGCAUGCGGUCAAUUGUUUCCAUUUUUUUGCUUCACUGUGAACAAUGCAGACCGGUUUGUUUUUAUCUCUCAAAACAAGUCACAGGCAGAUGCUUUGACCUACUGCACAAAGUAUCACACACACCUGGCCAUCAUUUUGAAUCAAACUGAAAAUGACCUGCUGGUGAAUAUGAUGGUAGGAUAUGACAAAGCAUGGAUUGGUAUGUUUAAGGACUCUUGGAGGUGGUCAGAUAAAACAGAUAUCAACGCAUUGCCCUUAAAAUGGAGCGCUGGACAACCUGACAUGACUGGCGCAUACCCACUUUGUGUUGCUACAACUGUUGAUGGAUUUGAUGAUCGAUUCUGCCCAGAGACCCUUCCAUUUUUCUGCUUACGUCAUUCAAAGAAUAAGAUCAUGAGAGUGGAGUUGAAAUCGAGUCAGAAUCCAAAUGAUCCUGCGAUGAUGGAGAACAUCUUACAGUUGAUAAAGCAGAAACUGAAGGAUCGUGGGAUAGGGAAUGACACAACAUUGACAUGGAAAGUUCAGCCAGAUGGAAAUGUUUUCUCAUCAAAAAAUGAAAGUGAAGUGAACCAAACACCCUGUUCAGACCCUUCCUUUUAAAUAUAACACAUACCAUAUCUGACGAUAUUAAAGACUUUUAUUCAUCUAAAUCAAAUCUCUCUAAAAAUGAUAUUCAUUUAAUGUUUACUUCAUUUAAAAUGUUUAGUUUUACUUCAUUUUAUAUUUUAAUUAAUCAAAUUAAUCUUGCAUAAUCUAAGGUAUUAAAAAAAAUAAUUGGACAAAAUGUGUCUUAUGCUGCGUGCACACCGUCAGUUUCUUGCGCUGACAGAUUGACAACUCUGCAACUGUAAACAUUGGCAAAAGGAAGUGGGCGUGUCUAUCUACUCGACCAAAUCAAGAACUGUUCAACUUUAUGCAAAUGACUU